AUGGCUCACAGUAGACUAACUGAUGCAAAAUAUAAAAACUGGGUUACUUUUGGUCGAGCAAUCCAGAUUACCCGGAACGGCGUGGAAACCAUAAUUCAAAAUGCUGCUGACAAGUACCACACAUCACUGCUUGCAACUUUGCCAAAUAAUGUACCUACGUGGAAAUCUCACUUGGAGAAUGCCCAUCGAUCACGUGAUAAAAGAAAAAUAUCCUGGAGCAACAGUGACGACACUCAAUGGUUGAUCGUUGGUGCGUCAUGGGAGAUUGCUAAGAUUUUCAUGGCUCCCUUGGGACCGAGAAAGCUUGAUGCAGUCAACGCCAAAACUACUGAUAUAUCGGGACUGCUGAAUGUAUUAGAAUGGUCUCCGAGAGGGACAAAUGGUAUGUUCAACACAGGUGUCGAUCUUUCGAAAAUAGCAGCGGCAAGAAGUGCUAGGAAUGUUUGGGCGCAUGCACCGUUGCUGCGUGUAAGUGAUGCUGACAAAGUCGACGCGUUUGCAUCUUUAACCUCGCUUCUUCAAGACCCAGAACUGAACGGUGACAAACAUGUCCAAGACGCCAUAAUGGAGCUUAAUAGUUUAUCCCACACUUGUCUAGCGGUCAUUGAAGAAAAAGAAUUGGAAUUAUUCGUUCAGUUACGACGUGAACUUGGUCAGGAUAUAGUCAGUUUGGGAAGUGAUUUGAAAGACGAAGUCGGAGCGAACAUAGAGCAGAUUAAAGAUCAGAUGAAAGGCUUGGAUGAGUUUGUAAAGAAAAGCGAACUACAAGACGACCUGAAAACUUUCGAGAAAAAAAUCAAUCACUUGGAAGAUUCUACCAACAGCCGGCUGGAACACCUAGAAAAAGCUAUAUCAGAGUCACCGCAAAUAUCUUGUGACGUAAGCAAGAGCUAA